UUCUGAAUUAACCAUGAAUCCUGUGAAAUGGUUCGUGAAAGCACUGCUUCUUUCCUGCUUUUUUCACUUGUCCCUUUCUUUCGAUACCAUAACAUCACAGCACUCUAUCAAAGAUGGUGAUGUUGUCGUUUCUAGCGGAAACACUUUCGCCCUAGGGUUCUUCAGCCCUGGCAAUACCAAAUAUCGCUAUGUUGGGAUUUGGUAUUACCAAAUUCCGAAGAAAACAGUUGUGUGGGUCGCCAACAGAGAACAUCCUAUCAAUGACACCUCCGGAACGCUCUCCAUUAGCAGCCAAGGAAACCUCGUCCUCUACCAGAAAAACCAAACUAUUCUUGUCUGGUCUACUAAUCCCUCUGUUACGCACUCAAAGAAUUCUGUAGCUCGACUCUUGGAUUCAGGAAACCUACUUUUAGUCCACAAUGGUACUACCUUUUGGCAAAGUUUUGAUUAUCCUUCAAAUACUGUACUUCCCUUUAUGAAAAUUGGAUUGAAUCUUAGUACUGGUUUAAAUCGAUUUGUGACGCCUUGGAAGUCCCCAGAUAACCCUGGAAUCGGAAACUAUACCUACAAGAUAGAUCCCAGUGGGUUCCCUCAGUUGUGUUUCUACAAGGGUUCAGUUAAAUUCUGGCGAGGUGGGUCAUGGACGGGACGAAGAUGGGUUGGAGUACCCGAAAUGACACGUAGUCACAUCUUCAAUUUUAGUUUUGUAUAUAAUAAUGAAGAAAUUUUUCUCAUGUUCGGGAUAAACAAUGCCUCUAUAAUCUCAAUAUUGGUCGCAAAUGAGACGGGAUUGCUGACAAGGUUUACAUGGAACCCUGAAGACCAACGCUGGGUUUUAGUUUGGUCCGCCCCAAAGGAGGAAUGUGAUUAUUAUGGGCACUGCGGUCCAAAUAGUAACUGUGACCAAACUCAUGAAGAUAAGCUUGAGUGUUCCUGUUUACCCGGAUUCGAACCCAAGUCACCCCAAACUUGGUUCCUAAGAGAUUGGUCAGCCGGGUGUGCACGGAAGCGUAAUGCGUCUAUCUGUCAACAUGGAGAAGGGUUCGUGAAGGUGGCACGCGUAAAGGUGCCUGAUACUGCUGUGGCUAAUGCAGACAUGAGUUUGGGGCUGAAACAGUGCAAAGAUAAGUGCUUGAGGAAUUGCUCUUGCACGGCUUAUGCGAGUGCAUUUUCUGAGCUUAACGGAGAGACUGGAUGCUUGACCUGGCACGGGGAUCUGGUGGAUAUCAAGACUUAUAGAGAUGCAGGACAAGACAUUUACAUACGGGUGGAUGCUGUUGACUUAGCUAGCUACAAGAAGAAUGGUACAAUUAGCAAGAAGCAGUUGGUGACAAUUUUAGUAGUUUCUGUUGCUGUGAUGCUUUCUAUGGUCGCCUUUGCUUUUAUUUUGGUGAGGCGCAUAAGAAGAGGAAGAAAAAGACGACCUCCACUUAGCUUCACAGCAAGUCCAACACACUUGGAGGACCCUUUAAACGGAAAAAAUGCGGAGUUGCCAUUAUUUAAUUUGGGAACCAUUGCUGCAGCCACAAAUAAUUUUUCCUCUGACAACAAACUUGGACAAGGUGGCUUUGGCCCUGUUUAUAAAGGUAUACUAAGUGGAAAGGAAACAGCGGUUAAAAGGCUAUCAAAGUCCUCGGGGCAAGGAAUAGAAGAGUUUAAGAAUGAAGUUACACUGAUUGCUAAACUCCAACACAGGAACCUUGUAAGGAUUUUGGGUUGUUGCAUAGAAAAGGAAGAGAAGAUGCUGAUCUAUGAAUACUUGCCAAAUAAGAGCUUGGAUUCUUUUAUUUUUGAUGAACGAAAGAGAUCACUCUUAGAUUGGGGAACCCGAUUUAAAAUUUUUUGUGGAAUUGCUCGAGGAAUUGUAUACCUUCAUCAAGACUCAAGGUUGAGAAUCAUCCAUAGAGAUCUAAAAGCCAGUAAUAUUCUACUAGAUGCUGAAAUGAACCCAAAGAUUUCAGAUUUUGGUAUGGCUAGAAUAUUUGGAGGAGAUCAAGUGGAAGCAAAAACAAAGCGUGUUGUUGGAACAUAUGGCUAUAUGUCACCAGAAUAUGCAAUGCAAGGACACUUUUCUGUCAAAUCUGAUGUGUAUAGCUUUGGAGUACUGCUAUUAGAAAUUAUUACAGGGAGAAGAAAUAUUGGAUAUUACCCUGACAGUCCUACCUCAAAUUUUAUUGGACAUGUUUGGGAAGUAUGGAGAAACGGUAAAGCCAUGGAAAUAAUUGAUUCAUUAUUAGGAGGGACUUAUCCUGUAGCUGAAGUUUUGAGAUGCAUUCAGAUUGGGUUGCUGUGUGUGCAAGACAGUGCAACAGAUAGACCAAAAAUGUCUGUUGUUGUUGCCAUGUUAGGCAACGAUGCUUCUCUUCCUUCCCCUAAACAACCAGCAUUUAUCAUCAAGAAAACCAACAAAAACGAUGAGACAGGUAGUAGUGAAGGCACUGGCUCUGUCAAUGAGGUGACUCUUACCAUGCCUCAAGCUCGAUAGAAGCUCAGGAUCUUUAGAAGUUACAGAAAUUGGAAAGGUUCCAAUAUGUAAUAGGACUUUGAAUAAUCUAUUCAGUCAAGGGGGCAAGUGUAUGACUCGUAUACUUCCAAGUAAAUUGAUAUCGUCUACAUAAAUCUUGGUUAAUAUC